AUGGCUGAAGGAUAUUUGGCAUGGGAUUUACUCAUUUUGGAAGAAAGAGUCAUAAUUAUGGAAAGAAAAAUUGAGAGAAAAGUGUUGCGUGAUAUACAAAAUCCUUUCGAGAUUCCUUACAAUGAAUUUCUUGCAUACUUUCGAGUCAAUAAGGAAUUAAUUAUGAAUCUUACAAAUAUAUUACGUCCACACUUACAAGUACAACGUAACACCGGCUUAGCACCAGAAAUUCAAGUCUUAGCAGCAAUUGGAUUUUUUGCAAAUGGAAGUUACCAAAGGCCAGCAGGAAAUCAGUGUGAUUUAGUUAUAAGCCAACCAUCAACCAGCCGUUGCAUUCGUAAAAUAGCACGAUUGAUAAAUAUGUUUUUAUUACGACAAUGGAUAAGAUUUCCAAUGACGCAAGUAGAGAGAAAUGCACGAAAUAAAUUUGCACAAGCUCCUCAAUCAUUUCCCGGUGCCAUUGGUGCUAUAGAUUGCACAUAUAUCAAUAUUCUUGCACCACAUAUACAUGAAGAGGCAUACGUCAAUCACCAUGGAAAUCAUUCAUUGAAUGUACAAGCAAUAGUCGAUCCGGAUUUAAAAAUUUUAAAUAUUAAUGCACGAUAUCCAGGAGCGCAAAAUGAUUCUUUUAUAUGGAAUGCUUCUCCAAUUAAACGUGUAAUGGAGCAUUUUUAUAAUAAUGGUGAAAGGAGAACUUAUUUAAUUGGAGAUGCUGGGUAUUCUUUGGAGCCUUGGAUUAUGACGCCAUUACCACAUUACGCUGAAUGGAGCCGGCAAUAUUAUUAUAAUGAGAAACUAUGUAAAGCGCGUAACGUUGUUGAAAGAUUCUUUGGAGUUCUUAAAGGAACAUGGAGAUGCUUAUCAUAUCAGCGUGUAUUAAUGUAUUAUCCUGAAAUAGCUGGACAAAUUGUAAAUGCAUGCGCAGUGUUAUACAAUAUGCGUCUACACUAUCGACUACCACAAGAUGUGAAUGAAAAUGAAAUUUUAAAUGCACGUGCAAAUGUAUAUAUAGAAGGAGCAGCACGACAAGAAGAAGAGGCUGUGAAUCACAGAGAGCCGAGAGCUGUUGCGCAGCGUAUACAAAAACAAAUCAUGCAAGAAUGGUUUCCGGAUUAUCGCUGUGCUUAGGAUAAUGAAAAUAAUUGAACGUAAAUUCAAAGAAAUAAAAAU